CCUCGAUUCUUGAUUUGGUUUGGACUGUUGAGCUCAUGCGCCCACACCUACAGGGACCGUUGGAUCGUAUUAUCUGGCAACAUAAUGAAUUCGUGUGUUCCCGCCUUUCUAUUCUAGGCAAGCAAAUCAACGAACAUAUCUCUCUACAUCUCGGGUCCCUGCCAACAUUCCUAGCUGGCCUAGAGUGCUCAAUGCUAGUUGGCAUUUAAGCUAAUCCCCUGAGAAUCUCUGGAUACCCUCUCCUACAUCCCUUCGAAUCGAUCGACCCUGACUAGCUUAAGCUGCCCCUCUACGUAGUAUACGUGGUGUACGUGGUGUAGCCAACAUGGUCAGAUUGCGCGAGAUCUCGCGUACUGCGGCCUUCGCCUGGUCGCCCGGUGCUGAAAAGCCAUUGUUGGUUACUGGAACUAGAGCUGGAGCCGUGGACGCCGACUUCUCCGAUGAGACAAAGCUGGAGUUAUGGGACUUGAACCUUGACAGCCAAGAGCAAGGGCUUGAGCUCCAGCCCAUUGCAAGUAUUGCCGCCGAUUCGAGGUUCUACGACAUUGCUUGGGGUCAGCCCUCCGAAGACUACCCCCAGGGCAUCAUCGCUGGUGCUCUCGAGAACGGGUCGCUCGAUCUUUGGGACGCCGAGAAGCUCAUUGCCGGCGAGUCUGAUGCUUUAAUAUCGCGAACAUCGAAGCAUACCGGUUCCAUAAAGUCAUUGCAGUUCAAUCCUGUCAGACCCCAAAUCCUAGCUACCGCUGGCGCCAAGGGCGAACUUUUCAUUUAUGACGUAAACGACCCCGAAAACGCUUUCCGUCUAGGCACCACGGCAGCUCGAUCAGAUGAUUUGGAAUGCGUAGCGUGGAAUACAAAGGUUGCUCAUAUUCUCGCUACUGGUGGAUCUGGUGGAUUCGUCACUGUGUGGGACUUGAAGACCAAGAAGGCUUCAUUAACACUUAAUAACAACCGGAAGCCUGUCAGUUCCAUUGCCUGGGAUCCAAACAACUCCACGAAGUUGUUAACUGCUACACCCGAUGAUACAACCCCCGUCAUCUUGCUAUGGGACCUACGAAACUCCAACGCACCAGAGAGAACCCUACAAGGUCAUGAGCAGGGCGUUCUGUCAGUGUCGUGGUGCCAACAAGAUGGCGAUAUCUUGAUUUCAUGCGGUAAGGAUAACAGGACAUUGGUCUGGAACCCUCAGACAGGAGAACGUUAUGGAGAAUUCCCUGAAGUCACCAACUGGACAUUCUCAACCCGGUUCCACCCUCAUAACCCGAGUCUGUCGGCUACUGCAUCAUUCGAUGGGAAGAUUACCAUCCAGACGCUGCAGAAUACAAACCCCUCGGCCGUGCAGAGUACGACUCAGAGCAGCUUGGAUGGUGAAGACUUCUUCACCCAAGCUCAGAGACAGCCUCAAGGCGCCGCUUUCUCUUUGUUAAAAGCCCCAAAGUGGCUCGAGACUCCCGUCGGAGUCUCAUUCGGAUUCGGUGGUAAACUAAUCAUAUUUAAGCAAAACCCUCACCAACCUGGUCAAAAACGCUCCUCUACGAUCCAAAUCUCCCAGUUUUCUGUUGAUUCAGACAUUGGAACCGCCACCGAGAAGUUUGAGGAGUCCCUGAAAUCUGGUGACAUCACAGCUAUUUGCGAAUCGCAUAUAGAACAGGCGAAAUCUGACGAAGAGAAGGCUGACUGGCGUGUUUUGGAAACACUGCUUGCUGACAACCCGCGGAAACAAAUUGUUGAUUAUCUAGGAUUCAACGAGGAGGAAACGCAGGAUGAGCCACCCAACGGUGUGACGGACGAGACCACCGAGACAAAGGAGGCUGAGCCCGAGAAGCCGAAGAAGGGAGGAAAGGGACACAAGAAAACAUUCUCGACUUUCUUCUCCGAUGGAGCUGAAGGCGAGGAGGAUUUCUUAGCGAGUCUUUCGGCUACGAAGGGUGCUAAAACGGAUAACCCCUUCCAUCUAUUCCCCGAUAGCGAUACGGGUGUUGAAAAGCAGAUUACAAAAGCGUUAAUGUUGGGGCGAUUUGAGAAUGCCACCGAAAUCUGCUUAAAGGAAGGCCGUAUGGCGGAUGCCUUCAUGAUUGCAAACUGCAGCGGAAAAGAACUUGUUGACAAGGUCCAAUCUGCCUAUUUAUCCCAGAAGACUGGGAUGCCAAGUUAUUUGCGACUUUUAGGCUCCGUUAUUGUUAAAAACCUUUGGGAUGUCGUAUACAACGCCGAUCUAGCUGAUUGGAAGGAGACUAUGGUGACGCUUUGCACGUUUGCCGAUCCGACCGAAUUUCCAGACUUAUGUGAAGCCCUGGGUGAUCGCAUCAUCGAAUCGGGCUCUAGGAAGGAUGCUUCCUUCUGUUAUUUAGUCGGCUCUAAGCUUGAGAAAGUUGUCGAUAUCUGGGUUCAAGAGCUAGAGGAAACCGAGAAGGCUGGCCUGGCCGAAGCCGAUGAUUCUACCUUUUCAAUCCACGCAAGGUCUCUCCAACACUUCAUCGAGAAGGUAUCGGUAUUCCGUCACGUAACCAAAUUCCAGGAUACGGAGACCGGCCUUCCUUCAGGUUGGAAGCUCUCCUCCCUCUACGACAAAUAUAUCGAGUAUGCGGAUAUUGUUGCGGCUCAUGGCCAACUUGAGGUUGCUCAGAAAUACUUGAGCCUUCUGCCAGCGAAGUAUGACGCUGCGGACAUGGCUCGCGAACGUGUGCAACUAGCAACGCAGAAAGUGGUCCACCAGCCUGCUACAAGGCAGCCGGUUCACAAACCCGCGGCUGCUGCACGUGCUUCCACUCGAACCGCCUCAGCACAAGGGGGAUAUCAACCGCCUCAACCUGCGACCGGUGUUAGCCCAGUUAACCCAUAUGCACCUCCGGCCGUCCAAACCCCUCCGGUAAAUCCCUAUGCUCCACCAACCGCCGGCAAUCCGUACGCUCCUCAAGGGUACCAACCGCCACAGCCACAAAUUGCUCAAGCACCUCAGCAUCCGGGUUAUGGCCCUCCCCCAACUUCUUUUGGAGGCCCCCCAAGGUCAUCUACCCCGUCGUCGAAGCCUCCUCCAAGAGCUUCCGAGGCUGGAAACUGGAACGACGUCCCUAUGGUAACGAAGGCUCCCCCACGAAGAAACACACCAAGCGCGACUCCUAUCACUGCCCCCUUCGCUAACCAGGUGAUGCCGCCACCGCAAAGUCCUUACGGCUCUCAACGAGCCACGCCACCGCCGCCUCCUCCUAAGGGCCCACCAACCGGAAGGGUAAUGUCUCCUCUAGGCGGUCCUCCACAACCCGGACAACUACCACCUCCGCCUGGACCUGGAUCUGCCGCAGCGCAAACGUACGCGCCUCCCCCUGGUGUUCAGACUCCAGGUGGUGGCCCUGGCCUGCCUCCGCCUCCGAUGGGUCAUGUCGUCCCUAGAAUGGCCUCGCCUUACAACCCGCCGCCAGCGUCUACUCCCCCUACGAGCCGAUACACUCCAGUACAGCCGCCUCAGGCCAAUCCUUCCCAGCAACCUCCCUUAGGUCCUCCCCCUCAUGGCAACCGAGCGCCCCCGCCGAACCCUUACGCUCCAGCUCCCCAAGCUGCACCAAUUCACAACCAGUACGCCCCGUCCCCUUACGGUGCUCCACCAGUGUCUCAAGGACCACCCUCCACCGGUCCCCCGUCAGUGAGUGGCGGUGGUCCACCUGCAUCAACAUCACCGGCACCACCUCCGCCACGAGCCGCCCCACAACCGGCUCGACAUCCCGCAGGUGAUCGCUCCCAUAUUCCUCCUAGUGCUCAACAGUUAGUCGACAUUCUGAGCCGCGACAUGCAACGGGUAGCAGGCAAAGCGCCGGCUUCAUUCGCUCCCCAGGUCAAGGAUACGCAAAAGCGACUGGGUCUCUUGUUUGAUCAUCUCAACAACGAGGAAUUAGUCAAGCCAGAUACUAUUGAGCAGUUGACCAUUUUGGCUCAAGCGUUGGAAGCCAAGAACUACCCAGAAGCACAACGUCUUCAGGUAGAGAUCCAACGGGAUAAGACAGAAGAAUGCGGCAACUGGAUGGUCGGUGUUAAGAGGUUGGUCCAGAUGAGCAAGGUCACGAACUAAGACCAUUGCGGUCGUGCCAAAUCCAUACAAAUUUUGAUGUUUUGACGUUUUGACGUUUUCGAAAAGCAUGACGAGGAUGAGCUAUCAUGGUUCAUGAAGUAGUAAAACUGUUGACGGCUAUAAGUAGAGCGUGGUUACAUAGAUAGGUUACCCACUGAAAUUCAAAAUUUAGAAUUCUGGGCAGUGUUCCUGAAGUAGUAUAUGUCACGAUUGGCUUUUUGGUGUUCUUCAAGUAAGAUGUGCGCUAUGAUGAAAUCAACCAUGCUCUUUUCUGUUACAAGAGCAUUCACCUCCGUGUGGUCGAUUUGAUACUAUAAUGUACUAGAGGUCGUAUGCUUACCGUCUUCGAAUCCCCCUACAAAUUAAAGAAGUACCGGGCACAACGGAGCUAGACGGAC